GAAUAAAGACAAAAUUUAAGAAAAGUGAAAAGAAUGGAUUGUCAGGCUUCAGGAAACCCCAAGACUGGAGAGGCUUCAGCUAGAUGCGGAGUAACCGUGGGCAAUGAAAUAACCAAUGCCAAAGCUGGAGUCUUUGCAUCCACUCCAGGACUUGGAGGACCCGUCACGAAGGGAGUUUAUGGAGCCAUUAAUAGCAAUGGCCAUGGAUUGUCGCUGCAACAUGGUCAUGUUGAGCACUUUGGCGGCACGACCACGGCAGCCGCCCAGAUUAAUCUUCACCAGAAUCCGAAUUCUUCGCUAAAUGCCACAGGAUUUCAUAGCCACAAUCGCUCUCAUGAUCAAUUCGGUGGAGGACUGAAUCUGCACUCGUCGGCUGGACAUCAGGCGACAAUGGGGGUCACCCGGGUGCCCAAGUUCGACAUGACCACCGUUCAGGCCCAGGGUACUGCCAAUCUUUACACCUCUCCGAGCGGCAAUGCAAACCUCAAUGCUUCUGGAAAUGCUACACAUCAUGUCAGCGGACCUUUUCGUGGCAAGACUGAUUACGGAGGCGGAGUUAACUUUCGCUAUAACUUCUGA